AGAGAGAGCGAGAGAGAGCGCGCUCGUGCAAGGAGAGAGCGCGCGCGCGCGCGUGUACUUCAGCAAGUGUCACAUCAAAACUGCGACAAGACAUCGAGAACACGUUAACAACACUGUAAAAUGGAGAAGCAUUCUGUUGUAAAAAAGCGCUCUGUGGCUGAACUAGCUGGAAAAUUCAGUUGUCCAGUAUCCCAUAUGACAGACGCUGAAGUGGAGCAUUCUGUUGUAAAAAAGCGCUCUGUGGCUGAACUAGCUGGAAAAUUCAGUUGUCCAGUAUCCCAUAUGACAGACGCUGAAGUGAACAAGCCUGUGAGGAGGAGACCGCCACGCUCUCUGCCGCUGCCUGCUGGUAAUGACGCAAGUCAAGGCCAGGAUGAGAAAGGAACUGAAACAGUAUCAACCAGGAAGAAUAGAAACUCUGCCCUCAUUGAGAAACUGCAGGCCAGCCUUACGCUUUCUCCCACGGGUCCUGGGGUGAUGAAGUUACCGGUGCAGGCCUUCUCCCCCGGUUCUCCCAGCAGCCCCUCCAGCCCCACUGCAACUGUCACACCUAAAGAAGAGGAAACUCCUGCCAGCUUUGAGAGUACCGCCGAGGGAACUGUUCUCAAAAGCAUCAACAAGGGUAGAGCUCGACAUUCCAUCAAGCGGCGCCCGCCGUCUCGCCGGCACAGGAAGUCCAGUGCAGAUGAAGGAGGAGAAGAGGUGGAUAAAACACCCACCCUCGAUCGAACGACUCCAAACGGGCACGAAGGAGAUGUGUUUGAAGGACACAAGACCUCACCAGAUGCAGAAUCUCUCUCCUCUAAAGAACAGAUUGAGCAGGAAACUAAAGCCACAGAUUCGGAGAAGCCAGAACCAGAGGAAAUAGUGGAGACUGUGACUUCAGAAAAAGAAGACGGAGAAGAGAAAACAAAACCAGAAGACGAAGAAGAGAAAACAAAACUAGACGACAAAGAAGAGAAAACUAAACCAGAAGACAAAGAAGAGAAAACUAAACCAGAAGACAAAGAAGAGCAAACUAAACCAGAAGACGAAGAAGAGAAAAAAACAGAAGACAAAGAAGAGAAAACAGAACCAGAAAACAAAGAAGAGGAAAGUGAAGAUGAACCACAGCUGGCUUACAGCACAGAAGAAACACGCGAAGAGCCAGUCACACCACAAACAGAAGCCAACACAACAGAUGAGAAAGAAGAGGAACAGAAAGAGGAUGAAGUAAACCAUUAGAGGCAAGUGAGGGAUCGUAAAGUCUCUCAAUAGAGAAAAAGGUCCGAUCUGUCUCAGGCUGAAGAACUCACUUCUUAACCAAAGCAAAGACAUCCGGAGAAGAUGAAUAAUGCGGAUAACUUGGUUUCAGACUUCAAACAUUUGAGUCGUUUGAAAGAGCAAGUGAAAGCUGCAGGUGCAGAGAACAACAGUAUUUUCUCUUCUGUACAGUUGUAUUCAUAUUUAGUUAAUACCUCUGUUCUGAGCCGCUUGUGUGAAUUCACACAUUAGUUUGGUUUGAGAAAUACUUUUUUAUAUAGUAAACAGUCUCCACCGAAGGACUUUUUUUUAUUCUGUUUUUUGUUUAUAGUUGUAUUCCUGUCAAAGAAAAAUAUAAAUGGUUGAUCUUAAGAAAAUAAAAAGG